GUUGUCUCUCCUAGGGUAACAAGUUUCACGCUAAAAGCAGCAGCUGGUAGCUUUUUUAACUUCUUUUCCUCAACUCUCAUUCCCAGCUUCACAAGUGCUGAUUCCUUUUUAUAACCUUAUUUUUUAAAAAAGAUCAGCAGCAGCUAGGAAUUCAGAAACAUGCAAAAGGGCAACGGAGAACAUGCAAUAGAUCUGAAUCAUUUGGAUGAGGAAGAUGCUAUCAUAUCCAAGGGUUGCAUCUUCAGAAUUCCGGGCAUGAUCAAAAUGCAAAAUGAACAGGCUUAUAAGCCCUAUAGAUUUUCAUUUGGUCCUUGGCACUUUGGUAAAACACAGUUGAUGAGCACUGCACAAGAAUUCAAAGAGGCAUUUCUUGAUGGACUCAUUUUUCGUUUCCCCAAUCCAAGAGCAAAGAUGAAGGAGUUGGAAGAAGCCAUCAAAGAGGCACAUAGCAAAGCUAGAGAAUGCUAUGAGGGAGACGAUGUUUAUGAGCUUGAGGAUGUUUGCGAGGGAGAUCAGGAUAUUCAGGAGGGAGUUAUUGAUGCUACCAAAGAAAAAUUUGAGAAGAUCUUGCUGCUCGAUGGUUGCUUUAUAAUCGAGCUGUUUCGGAAGGCUGCUGGAGAGGUAGCCAUACAAGAAAACGAGUAUGUACUCUUCUCAAAGGGUAUGAUUCUUGUUAUUUAUCACGACCUAUUUUUGCUUGAAAACCAAAUUCCUUGGUUUGUGCUUGAGCUCUUGUUUGCCCGGACCAGAGUCUCUGGAAGCAAGACUACUUUAGUUGAACUUGCAAUUGGAUUCUUUGGCUCUGCUUUUUCACAGGAUCAACUUCAAAUACCGGUAGAGCUUCUUUCCAACAGCUCAAAGAUUGUUCACCUUAUUGAUCUUGCUCGGCGUUGUUUGGGUUAUUGAUCGGAAAGGGGAGUAAACGUUCUGCAAUUGCAAUGCAGGAACACUAUUCCUUCUGCCACUAGACUUAAAGAGGCAGGAGUCAAAAUUAAAAAAGCCCAGUCAAGAGACAUCUUGGAUGUAAAAUUCAACAAGGACGAGGGUGUUCUUGAAAUCCCAUCUUUGCUAAUCAACCCAUCGACGGAAACCAUCUUAAGGAACCUCAUCAGCUUUGAGCAAUGUAGCUCUUUUUGCAUAAUGAGAGUAACAUGCUAUGCCAUGCUCUUAGAUGGC